AUGGAGGGAGAUUCAGUCAUUCUACACACUGAUGUUGAAACAAAUCAGCAAAAAGAGAUUAGAUGGUAUUUUUAUGAAAUCCGCAUCGCUCAAAUUACUGAAGAUCUCAGUUUUAUCUGUACAGAUGUUCAGUGUAAAUAUAGUGAUGAGAGAUUCAGAGACAGACUGAAGCUGGAUCAUCAGACUGGAUCUCUGACCAUCAUGAACAUCAGAACCACAGACUAUGGACAUUAUGAACUAGAGAUUAUCAGCAGCAUCUUAAAUACGGAUCAUCAGAGAAAAGUCAGUAAAAAGACCUUCAGAGUUGCUCCACAUGGUGUUUUGGCUGCUCAACGAGAUGAAAUGAAGAGAAAGUCAGUGAAGGAGGGAGAAUCUGUUACUUUAGACACUCGUGUAAUAAAAAACCCAAAUGUGAUAAAAUGGUAUUUCAAUCACACUCUCAUCACUCAAAUCACUGGAGAUCUCAGUAAUACCACAGAUGAUCAGUGUGACGGGAGAUUCAGAGACAGACUGCAGCUGGAUCAUCAGACUGGAUCUCUGACCAUCACAAACACCAGAACCACAGACUCUGGAGUCUUUAAACUACAGAUCAACAGCAACUACAUCCACAUCACUAGGAGCUUCAGUGUUACUGUCACUGCUGACCUAACAGGAGUAUAUGCUGCUGUUUCUGCUGUUUUGCUGCUGCUGGUCGCAUCUGCUGGUUUAUUUUACUCUUGCAAGUGGCAUUCAAGAAGGAACAACAUCAUGAGGAAGUGUGCUGAUCAGGUGAAUGUUGAAGACUCGUCCCCUGAUCAUACUGACUCUCUGUUGAUGACUCCUGCCAGUCAGACGUCCCCGACUGAGACUAAUGCUGCCAAUGUGACACCAACGCAGGCCCGACUCUGGAAUCAAAUCACUGAGGGUGCUUCUUAAAUUAGUGAGGGUGCUCUCUCUCUCUCUCGC